AUGCCUCCUGGUCUGGCCGUGUCCCCUCUGCAGGGCAGCAGGUCCCCACAGCCCCCUGGGGCCUCUGGACCGCAGAGGGUGGUGGCAGCGUGGACAAACAUCACCCUCUGGGGCAGCAGGGACAGCUGGGUCAAGGCUGACAGGGUUUCUGGGAGGUCCCUCCUCUACCGCCAGAACGUCGCCCAGGGGUUCCAGGAAGGGCUACACCAAGCCCUGCUCGCCUACAGGGAGGACGAGGAGAUGGCGGAUGCCUUGGACGCGUUGCAGCGUGCUUUGUCCUGCUGCGGUGUGGAGGGCUACCGGGACUGGCUCGCCUUGCCCUGGGGGCCGGAGCAAAAUGGCUCGGUGCCCCUCAGCUGCUGCCAGGCCCGCCGGGGCUGCCAGCCCAGCCCACCCAACCUACACGGGCUGCACCGCGACGGUUGCUUCAGCAAAGUGUUGGCCUUCGUCAGCGGCAACAUGUUUUACCUUGCCACGGCGGCCCUGGGGCUGGCACUGCUGCAGCUCGUGGGCAUCGUGCUGGCCUGCCUGCUGGCUGCCCGCAUCCCUGCCCGCCGGCUGGGCAUCGCCACCCCUCCCUGA